AUGGCGUCCAACCACACCAUCCGCAGCUAUUCCAUAAUCCCAUGUUUCAUCUUAGUGGAGCUGGUGAUCAUGUCCGGGACGGUUCUGCUGGCGUAUUACCUGGAGUGCACGGACCUCUUCAGCGUGCACGUGCAGGGGUUCUUCUGUAACGACGCAGAGCUGAUGAAGCCCUAUCCCGGCAGAGAGGAGGCCAGCUUCAUCCCCCCUCUCAUCCUCUACUGCGUGGUGGCAGCGGCGCCCACGGCUGUUAUCUUUAUUGGUGAAUUGGCCAUGUUUGUGAUGAAGUCCACCAGGGAAAGUCUUCUGGCCCAGGAGAAGAUCAUCGUGACCGGAGACUGCUGUUACCUCAGCCCGCUCAUCCGGCGCGUCAUUCGCUUCAUUGGUGUCUUUGCGUUCGGUCUCUUCGCCACGGACAUCUUUGUGAACGCUGGGCAGGUGGUGACGGGGGGGCUGUCUCCGUACUUCCUGUCCGUGUGUAAACCUAACUACACCGGGACCGAGUGUCGCUUCAACCACCAGUUCAUCGUCAACGGCAACAUCUGCACCGGCAACCCGCUGGUGGUGGAGUACGCACGCCGCUCCUUCCCGUCUAAGGACGCAGCUCUCAGCGUGUACUCUGCUGUGUACCUCACGAUGUACAUCACGAGCACCAUCAAAACCAAAUCCAGCCGCUUGGCCAAACCGGUCCUGUGUCUGGGGACCCUGUGCUCAGCUUUUCUCACGGGCCUCAAUCGCGUAUCCGAGUACCGCAACCACUGCUCCGACGUGGUGGCCGGCUUCAUCCUGGGAUCUGCUGUGGCUCUGUUUUUGGGCGUGUGCGUGGUGAACAACUUCAAAGGAGUCCACGAAGCCGCGGGAAAACAGAAGCCGGAGGAGUACCGCGGUCUGCCCCUCAUGACGUUCCCCCGAGUGGAGAGCCCCCUGGAGACCCUCAGUGCCCAGAACCACUCGGCAUCCAUGACUGAGGUCACAUGA